CUUCAUCUCGUCUCUCUCCCCCACCACCAUUGUUCCUCCUCUCCUCGAAACCCUAGAUCGAGUUUCAGCGGCGGUGGCUGCGGCGGUGCACGGCCACGCUCGGCCUGCGUUGCGCGGCAUAAGAGACGGCUGGCGACGUGCUGGCCCCCCGCGGGACCGGCGGAAGCACAGCCCCUGCGCGACGGGCGGCGGCGCAGGCGCGGCCUCCCCGCGCUACGGGCGGCGGUGUUGGGAGCUCCGGCGAACAGGAGGAGUUCGACGGAGAAUUCGGAAUCGAUUCGAUCGACUCUGUGAUUUGGAUCAGGGUUUGGAAUCUUCUUGUAUGCUCACGUGUUCGGCGCUGAUUGUUGCAAAUAGUUUGGGUGCUCCGAGGACCGAAAUUCUGUGAAUCAAUUGUAAAAAGGUGUGGCUAUUUGUACUAUCUGAGGUGCGAAGAAAUGGAAUGCAACAGGGAUGAGGCCCAAAGGGCAAAGGAUAUUGCAAAGAAGAAGUUUGAAAUGAGGGACCUCCCAGGUGCCAUGAAAUUCGCUCUCAAGGCUCGGGCGCUCUUUCCUGAUCUUGAAGGCAUUGCUCAGAUGAUUGCCACCUUUGAUAUCUAUCUUGCUUCGGAGGUGAAGGUUGCUGGGGAGAAGGACUGGUACUCUAUCCUCUCUGUUGCCACGUCAGCAGAUGAUGAAGUGAUCAAGAAACAGUACAGGAGGUUGGUUCUUCAGCUCCACCCUGACAAGAACAAGCAAGUGGGUGCUGAGGGUGCUUUUCAGAUGGUCCAAGAGGCAUAUACACUGCUAUCCGAUAAAGCCAAGAGAGCAGUAUACGACCAAAAGAGGAAUGUAAGGGUAUUCCAACAGAGGACGGCUCAAUCAAGUAAGGCAAGUGUGGCUUCUGGUGUAUCUAAUGGCUUCUAUAAUUUCGCUGCCAGUGCUGCUGCCACCUCCAAGCCGACAGUAAAAAAGCAAACAGUGGGGCCAACAGCACCUGCCGUGCGCCCACCUCAACCUCCACCGCCAUCUGCCACGCCCCCUCAUGCAUCAUCCCCUCCUAUACCUGCACCUGGGUCAAAACCUCCUACAUUUUGGACCUCAUGCAACAAAUGCAAGAUGAACUAUGAGUACCUCAGGGUGUAUCUGAACCACCAUCUUCGUUGCUCUAGCUGCCGUGAGCCAUUCCUAGCAAAAGAGGUACCAAUACCGCCAAAUAAGACUGUGGGACAGGAUUCAAACAUUGGUGGUGCAAAACAAAAUACAAGCACUAUGCAGUGGGGUCCAUUUUCAAGGGCUGCUGGUGCAGCUAGCGCCACUGCAUCGUCUGCUGCUGCUGCUCAAGCUGCUAAUGUAGUUCACCAGACUUAUGAAAAAGUUAAGAGGGAGAGGGAGGAGGCACAAGCAGCGGCAAGAAGGGAAGAGGCUCUUCGGCGGAAGUACAAUCCUCUAAAAAGUUAUGCAAGCAUGAACAUUAAUCUUGGAACAGGUGAUGUUGCAUCUGGAAAGAAGAUGAAGACUAUGGUUAAAGAUGCUGGAGUUGGUUCUUCAUCGGUCAUAUCAGGUCCUGGAGCAAAUUGUUUUAGAGUGCCUGGUGUGAAUAUAUCUUUUUCAAGCAACAUUGGGCCCUAUGAGUUUCAAGGUGUUAAUGGUGGACCCAAUUGGAAAUCCAAGCCUCCAAUCCACAUAAGUUUAGCCAAAACCUUCUCCCAGUUGGAUGUUAGGGGUCUUUUGCUGGAAAAAGCGAAAAGUGAUCUGAAAAACAAGCUAACAGAAAUGAAAAGUAAAACAUCCCAAGUUGUUGCUAGUGGAAAAACAACCAAAAAACAUGUGGUUAAGGAAAAUGGAGGGGAUAAUGAAGCUGCAGCAUCAGAUGAUCCUACUACCAAUAAAGAUGUUCAUGCUGAUCCAAAUGCGAUUGAUUCAAAUACUAGCUCAGAUGCUGAAAAUGAAGAUGAUGACCCCUUGUCAUAUAAUGUUCCUGAUCCUGAUUUCCAUGAUUUUGACAAGGAUCGCACUGAGGAAUCUUUUCAAAUUGAUCAAAUUUGGGCUACAUAUGAUGAUGAGGAUGGUAUGCCUCGUUAUUAUGCAUUUAUUCAGAAAGUUUUCUCUUUGAAACCAUUCAAGCUCAAAAUAAGCUAUCUCGAAACAAAGACAAAUAGUGAAUUUGGGCCUUUGAAUUGGGUUUCUUCUGGCUUCACAAAGACAUGUGGCGAUUUCAGAACUGGUAAAUCUGAAACUUGUGAUAUAGUCAACAUGUUCUCUCACCAGAUGAAAUGGGAGAAAGGGCUGCGUGGGAUUAUCAAAAUUUAUCCACAAAAAGGUGACAUCUGGGCUAUUUAUCGAAAUUGGUCCCCUGAAUGGAAUGAAGACACUCCAGAUAAUGUGCUCCAUGUCUAUGAUGUGGUUGAGGUACUAGAUGGUUAUGAUGAAAAUGAUGGCAUCUCCGUUAUUCCCUUAGUUAAAGUUUCCGGGUUUCGAACAGUAUUUGAGCACCAUCAGGAUGUGAAUGCUGCCAUGAAGAUUCCCAAAGAAGAGAUGUUUCGGUUUUCACAUCAAGUGCCUUUUUACAAGAUGUCAGGCAAAGAAGCUCCAAAUGUCCCCAAAGAUAGCUAUGAGCUUGACCCAGCUGCUAUUUCUAAAGAACUUCUUCAAGAGACCACAGAAACAGUGGAGGCAAAUGGAACCUCCUAAUGUUGAUUAAGACAGUUAACAAUGGUCUGCCUUGUUUGACCUUCCAUUUUGAUGCAAUAGUUCUCCCCAAUCACCAUGAUGAUAGUAUGCUUUUGACAAGUGUUCCUUCUUAUGGGAAGAAGCACAUACCUGGGGUCAACAUCCAUUGUACAUUGCUUGGGAAACUAUAAGCCACUUGUGUUGUCAUUACUUCUUGUGUUGCUGAUGCUGUGCUCUUCCUAGCACCUAUGGAAAGUGGAUGGAAAGGCUGGGCCGCUGGGGUGAAAAAUCUUAUGGGGGGCAUCAAUGUUUAAAGCAAGCUCAAGCAACAGAAUGGCUUGUUAGGUUGUAGAUGGGUGAAAGAUAUCCUGACAUCGAUGAAAAAAUUGUUUCAUACAUCAUGGGCUAUGAUAGUUUGAAAGCUAUAGGAAGUGAUAAGGAUAGUUACUCGUCCAAGCAAGUAAUAGAUGCUAGACUUCGGAUGGAUGUGGCCUCUUUGAGCUUGAAGAGCAUGCUGUUCAGUUUGUUGAAGAAUUUAUUGCACAAUAUACAAGUGGUCCAGCUGGUGGUGGUGGCAUCAGGUAUUGACAAGUAAUUUUGGUGCUCCUUUUGUUUAGCAAUCCAAACUGUUGUGGCUAAUUAUUAUACAGAUGAUAACCUGCGUUAUUUUUUUUUUUUUGCAUUUAUAGUAAAGUCAGGACUGGUGUCAAUUCCAAUGAACUAUGACACAUGGUAUUUCAUUAUUUCGUCCAAUGAAAGAUAUAUGCAUGCAUUCUUGAUUCUGGGGUCACUUUGCCUGUUUAAUGCAUCUGUUGGACACUUGCAGCACUGGACAGAGGAAAAGAUGCUGGUAUGGAUGAUCAUGACGAAUCAUCCCGUGAGUGAUUGGAACAUAUUUUGCUUUUUGUGACAUGUGGACAGGUUGACAGGGAAAACAUCUUAUGGUGAGCUCAUUGCAAAGAAGGCAAGCAUUCCUUGGCUGCAGAAUCAGGCCACGGAUUCUGAAAUGUUUCAGAUGCAUGUUUUAAAAUCACAAAAGAACCCAAUAAAUCGCGCAAUGGGCAGCCAGCACAUUGAGACAAGCAUGGGACACAACCAUCCCCUGUUCGUGCUUCACCUUGGAAAAAGAUUGCCUUUUACCAUAUAGCCUACAGCAGAGUGAAUGAUAUUAUCAUCAUUCACUCCCCUGGUGAGUGGUUACACUGGUCGGCUCAGGGCUGGCGUGCUUCAUUCCUCGCAUACGCGGGCGCAUCUUUCCAUCCGUGCUGCCCUCAAACAUGCUUUGCCUUCCGUCCCAAGCUGUCGUGUUGGCGGUGCCACCGCCUUUGUAGUAGCUACUCCAGUUGGGUUGGUGAGUGGAGGGACGGUAACCACUGGUUGGCUUACCUGACGCGCCAUUCCUUUUCCUUGCGCCUCCCAUGUUUUGCCGUCUUCCCAGCUGCCGUGCGGGACAGGAUUUGUACAAAAGCCUUGUAGCGUACCCGAUGACACUUGACAUUUGAACAUCCGCAGGUCCAACUCGUUUCGAGCAUGAUCCAUGAUUUUUUACGAAAUAAAUAAUCGCUUUAUUCGCUCA